AUGAACAAUCCACUUGGACGCUCUACAUAGAAACCUGAGCAAUAGCAGUAGGCACAAAACAAUCAAAAGAAUAGUAGAGCAAAAGAGUUUGAGAAACAACUCCAAGAGGAGGAAAGAAUGUUGGCUCAAUCUGGAGGAAUUGUUAAUAUACAAUAGCCAACCACUCAAUAAUAAUAAUAGCCUGUUUAUUCAUAAUAGCAAUAACUCAAUCAAUAACCACAAUCCGUAUUUGGAUAGAUAGGCUAGAUGCUGGAUGCCCCAAGAAAAUUAUUUUUUAGAAACACCACAACUCAACCAUAACCCACGUAGUAAGGUUAAAGAUAACCAACUGAUUAGAAUGAGCCAGAAAUCAUACAAACUAAUAUUGUGUAGACCUAUACAACACGUGACAUUAAGAGCAUUGGACUGGAGAUUGUACAACCUGGAGAAAUAGCUUUAUAGGAACUCAGAGGAAUAUGCUCAAUUGGCUCUCAAUAAUUUUAGGGAAUCAUUGUAGCAACAAAUUAUUAAAUUGUGUUUUUACCUGAUAAAUUCCCAAAGGAUUUUAGAAAGGAUUAUUUUUACGUUCCUUACACUCUAAUAAUCAAGGUAGACAAGACUAUGGAUAGGAAGCAAAAUGAUGCCAAUUUCAUUGAGAUCUCAUGUAAGGAUGGGAGAUGGUUCAAAUAUAGAUUUUUGAGGGAGCAGAAUGACGAUUGUAAUAGCAUAUUUAAUGUCAUCAAUAAGAAUGCUUUCACCUUAAAUAAAUAGACUUUAUUUGCAUUCUCAUAUUACAAGGAAUUCUCCAAUUUAGAAACUGAAUACUAAGGAUGGAAGGUAUUCAACAUUGAAAAGGAUUUUGAAAGAAUGGGAAUUAAUAUCUUACAAGAGAAUUCUCAAAAUCAGAAUGGAUUGUUUAAAUAUCUAAAUAAUGAGAAUGGCAUCAUUUGUUCAACCUAUUAUAAUAGAUUAGUUGUACCAGCAAAGGCAGAUUUAGAUUGUAUUUAAAAAACAGCCAAAUUUAGAUCUAAAGAAAGAAUACCCAUACUCUCUUAUGCAUUUCCAAUAAAUGGAAAAGUGAUAUCAAUGUGGAGAUGUUCAUAAUGCAGAACCGGAAUUGGAUAGAACAGAUCCACUGAGGAUGAAUGCUAUUUGAAAUAUAUUCAAUACGAAGAGAAGGAAACUCGAUUAAGGAUCUAUGAUGCAAGACCUCACAUUAAUGCUAUUGGAUAAUAGGUGGCCGGCAAAGGAUAUGAGAAUACUCUUUUUUAUAGAAGAUGUAGCAUAGACUUCUUGGAUAUUCACAACAUACAUAAAGUAAGAGAUUCAUAAACCAAAUUGUUGAAGGCAGCAUUUAAUGAAAACGUUCAAUUUCUAUCAUAGUUGGAGUAGUCAUAGUGGUAUGAUCACAUCGUGGCCAUCAUCAAAGGGUCUGCAAAAAUAGCAAUCACAAUGACCAGAGAGAAAAUCAAUGUGUUGGUUCAUUGUAGUGAUGGGUGGGAUAGAACUGCUUAAUUGACUUCUCUUGUCUCUAUUAUGAUCGAUGGAUAAUAUAGAACGAUUGAAGGAUUCAUGAUUCUGAUUUAAAAAGAGUGGAUCAACAGUGGACAUCAAUUCUGUCAACGAUCUGCUAUUGGCAAUAAAUAAAGUAACGAGGAUUCCAGAUCUCCUAUCUUCUUACAAUUCUUAGACUGUGUCUAUUAAAUGCAGCAAUUGUAUCCACUGUCUUUUGAAUUCAAUGGCAAACUACUAUUUGAUUUGGCAUAUCAUCACUUAACUUCAUUAUUUGGAACAUUCUUAUGCGAUUCCUUUUUGGAAAUUCAAAAACAAAAAAUCAUGGAACAAACUGUCUCUAUAUGGUCUUGGAUCAUGAAACAAAAAGACAAGUAUAUCAAUGCUUUCUAUAAAAAUCCAUAAUCAAUUGAUCUAGAUGUCAUUAUUCCAGACUCAUUUACUGGCAAAUCAGUUACUUUCUGGAAAGAAUAUUUCCUCUAUUACUCUUUAGAAUCAAAUGAUGCAUAUUAAAUACAUCCUUAAUGUCAAUACACAAGUGAUAAUAUAUAAGAAAUGUUCAAAGCAUUGUCCAAAGAAAAUCAUGUUUUAAGAUAGGCAUAGAAGGAUCAAGAAAAGUUGGCUAUUCUUCAUCAAUAAAAAUUUAAUUAAUUAAUGCAAAUUAUAUAAGAAACUUAAAAUGAAGAAAUUAUUGAAAAGCUUUAAACAAUCAAACUUAUUUGAGCAAGAUUUUCAUGUUUAUAAAUAAUCACACAUUU